AUGAUCUCUUCUCUCGUUGCCCACAUGGGCGCACUUUUGCGAUGGGUCACAAACCUCUUUCGAAAGGCCCCUGCUCCAACUUUGUCUUUUCCGACCAGCGGGUUCGAAAUCAUCAGUUCCGAGCAUGUGCUUGAAGAGGAAUACUUUGAAGAAUUCAGAAACGGGCAAUACUAUCCCGCCAACCUCGGCGAUGUGCUUAAUUCCAAAUAUCAGAUUGUGGGCAAGCUUGGGUUUGGGGUUACCUCUACAGUGUGGCUCGCUCGCGAUCUUGAAGGUCAUCAGUAUGUGACCCUCAAAAUAUACACUCGAGAGGGAGGGAACCAGAGAGAGUUUGAGAUCUACAAGCAGAUAAAUCAAGGGGAUUCAGAGCACCCUGGCCACCCUCAUGUGAGGAAGGCUCUGGAGAUCUUCACCAUUCCUCGCCCCGGCGGUGAUCAUCCAUGUCUCGUCCAGAUCCCAAUGUGGGAAAGCUUUCGGGAUCUACUAUGUCGCAAUCCCACCCAUCGGUUUACCGAAAUUCUAUUGAAGAUUGGCCUGAUACAGAUCUUUCUUGCCCUUGACUAUCUACACACCGAAUGCAAGCUGGUCCAUACUGAUAUAAAAAGCGAUAAUAUACUACUAGAGAUACAGGACCUAUCAAUCCUUGAGAGUUUCACCCAAGCUGAACUAGAAGAUCCUUCACCUCGCAAAACUGUUAACGGUAUACCAGUAUAUCUCUCACGGCGCUUUGACCUACCAAGGCAAUUUGGCAUGGCCGUCUUGAGCGACUUUGGUUCUGCCGUACGAGGGGAUGAGAGAAGGAACCACGACGCGCAGCCGGACGUUUACAGAUCACCGGAAGUUAUGUUGAGGACCGACUGGAGUUACCCUAUUGACAUAUGGAAUGUCGGUGUCAUGGUGUGGGAUUUGUUUGAAGGGAGACAUCUUUUCUAUGGAAAUGACCCUGAUGGCAGCGGAUAUACAACCCGGGCGCAUCUUGCAGAAGUCAUGAGCAUUCUUGGGCCACCACCAUUAGAUAUGGUUCAGCGUGGGGAGCUAGGCUCCAAGUACUUUACCGAUGAUGGAAAAUGGAAGCAGGACUUAGAGAUUCCGACGGGAGUCAGCUUAGAAAGUUCAGAAUCUUUCCUUGGGGGAAAUAACAAGGAGAUGUUUUUGGCCUUUAUGAGAGGCAUGCUUCAAUGGCGCCCUGAAGAUAGAAAGACAGCGAGGCAACUGCUCGAGGAUCCGUGGCUCAACGAUCUGCCAGAAUAA